AUGACCUUGAUAAGUUUCAAACCUGUUUCUGCUGAUGCUUGGAGCAAUGGGAACUCAUCCAGUACUGGUUGUUUGAGGGAAACUGCUCUGCAGUGCACUAAGAAUAUUGAUGUUCAGAAAGAUGGGUUUUUUAGCAUGUCAAUAAUUGAUUGGCCUGAUAAUCGGCAACAUCGGGAGACAGACAAUCCUACUGACUGCCAAUCGGCUUGCUUGAACAACUGUUCUUGUGUUGCUUAUGCUUAUUAUUACAUAAAGCGAGAUCCCAAAAAUCCCAAAGAUCCCAAGCUUCAAUGCUUUGUAUGGCAUGGUGCUCUAUUGAACCUGAAACAACGCUCAACCGAUGAUAUAAAUGGAAUUGAUUUCUAUCUGAAACUUGCUUCUUCGGAUUUGGUCAAGCUAGAUGCAAACUCAAGGAAUGAAACCUCAAUAGACACAGUAAAUAACAAUUCAAUCUCUAGUACAAAUUUCAAAUUCGGAGUGUUGCAAAUUUUGGUACUGACCUUGUCUACUCCCUUUGCAAUGCUUACAUUGGGCCUUUUGUUUUAUUAUGUGAGGAGAAAGCUCAGAAAGAAGGGCGAGGAUUUGUUACAGUUAGAUGUGGGCAUGACCCAAACAACAGAAAAUUCUGAGCUUUCUGAAGUAAGUAAGCCUGGAGAUGGUAAGAAAAAGGAAGUCAAAAUGCCAUUGUUCAGUUUAAAAAGUGUUUCUGCUGCAACUGAUAAUUUCUCAGAUGCAAACAAGCUAGGAGAGGGUGGUUUUGGGCCCGUUUAUAAGGGAAUUUUACAGAAAGGGGAUGAGGUGGCUGUGAAAAGGCUUUCAAAAAGAUCUGGGCAAGGUUGUGAGGAACUAAAAAAUGAGGCAAUGCUCAUCGCCAAGCUCCAACACAAGAAUCUUGUCAGACUUUUGGGCUGCUGUAUUGAACGGGAUGAAAAGAUACUUGUUUAUGAGUAUAUGUCCAACAAAAGCUUGGAUUUCUUCCUUUUUGGUUUGUAUUUGUCCUUUGAACGUGUGCUACUAAUUGUGCAUUGCAAUUUACUCAUUUUAUGUAAAUCAGAUCCAGAAAAGAGCAAGAUUUUAGAUUGGGGAACACGACUCCGAGUCAUUGAAGGAGUUUCUCAAGGACUUCUUUAUCUUCAUCAAUAUUCCUGGUUCAAGAUUAUUCAUAGAGACCUUAAGGCCAGUAAUAUUUUGUUGGAUAGUGACAUGAAUCCAAAAAUAUCAGAUUUUGGAAUGGCAAGAAUAUUUGGAGGAAACGACUCUCAAGCAAAUACCAAUAGGAUUGUUGGCACUUAUGGCUAUAUGUCUCCUGAAUAUGCUCUAGAAGGCCUCUUCUCUAUCAAAUCAGAUGUUUUUAGCUUUGGCAUCUUAUUGUUAGAGAUUGUGAGUGGUCAAAAGAACACUGGUUUUUAUCCAACUGACUCUUGCCAUCUUCUUGGAUAUGCAUGGGAAUUAUGGACAAAUGAGAGGGGAUCGGACUUGGUGGAUCCUCUACUUGAUGAUGUAUGUUCUAUGCAUGUGGCACUCAGAUGCAUUAACAUAGCUCUCCUCUGUGUUCAAGAAAGUGCAGCAGAUAGACCUGCCAUGUCUGAAGUUGUCACAAUGCUAAGCAAUGAAAGUGUAGCUCUACCUUGUCCCAAGCAACCAGGUUUCUUGAAUGUGGGAACUGUCGUGAAGGAAAACCAAAUUAAUAGCAUGACUGGAAUUUGUUCUGUUAAUCAUGCAUCGAUUUCAAUUGUGCAAGGCCGGUAA